UUGAUUGAUGUAGGCUCCACAUAAGAAAGAUUCGGAAGCAGAUAAAAAUAUUUGGAAAAAAGAGAGAGAGAGAAAAGAUCCUUCCUUACAUAUUCAACAGCUCGUUAAACUCAUCAGAUAAGAAGUUCACAAACAAAACGGCAGAAAAAGAAAGAAAAUCUAUUCAAGUGUCCUUUUUAAAUUGAGAUUCAAUGGACGGAAGAGAAGUGUCAAGAUAUUGGUGUCAUCAUUGUUCAAGGAGGGUGAACCCCAUGAUGGAGGUUGAGUUAAAAUGUCCCAUUUGUCAACUUGGAUUUAUUGAAGAAAUGGGUUCAGACGAUAAUCAGACCCUUUUAGAUUCUGAUUCUGAUCCUGAUCAUGCUCUCUCACUUUGGGCACCUAUCUUGUUAGGCAUGAUGAGCAACCCUCGUGGUCGUUCUAGACUUGGGCAUCUCGAAUUUGAAGAAGAUGACGAUGAUCAUACACGUGAAGCCGAUACGCAACUUGAUCCAGACCUGGCAUCUAUAAUGAAUAGGCGCAGGAGGAACUCUGCCACAAUUCUCCAGCUCUUGCAAGGUAUUCGUGCUGGAAUGUUGGCUGAGUCGGAGAACCCUAACCCUGAGAAUGAAAACAGGGACACAGGUAGAGAGAGUAGGGAUCGUGAGCGUGUUAUACUUAUAAAUCCGUUCAAUCAAACCAUCAUUGUGCAGGGUUCGGAUAAUAAUUCCAGGAACCAACCUAUUGGCUCAUUGCGUGAUUAUUUCAUUGGUCCUGGUUUAGACGUGUUGCUGCAACAUUUGGCAGAGAAUGAUCCAAAUAGGUAUGGUACUCCACCAGCUCAAAAAGAGGUUGUAGAGGCAUUGCCUGUGGUGACAAUUGAUGAGACCUUGCAGUGUUCUGUCUGUUUGGAAGACUUUGAGAUUGGGACUGAAGCCAAAGAGAUGCCUUGUAGGCACAAGUUUCAUGGUGGCUGCAUCUUACCAUGGCUGGAGCUUCAUAGCACAUGUCCAGUCUGUAGGCACCAGUUGCUCUCUGAUGAAUCAAAAGUUGAGUCUGAUGAUGGAAGUGCUAACACAAAUGCUCAGACUAGUAAUGGUAAUGGUACAAGGUAUGAAGAUGAGGAUACUAGGAAUGAAAACGGUCGCCGGUUUCCAGUGUCACUUCCGUGGCCUUUGAGUGGCUUGUUUUCAUCCCCAAACUCAGGUAGUAAUGGAAAUUCAUCAUCAAUGACGUCUUCUGCAUCAAAUGCAAACUCCAAUGCUCAUAUGCAUGAGGAUUAAAUUUCAUUAUAUUGAGUUUGUGCUCUAUGAUGCAUGGAUUUCCUUUGGGAUUUUGCUUGUGUACAUAGCGUGGUACUUGCUAAAUUAUUGUAUUGCAAACACUGGAUCCUGUCUUGCUUUUGCCUGUAUUAUACAGAGGACCAUUUUACUUUUGUUAGACUAGAAGCCAAGCAUUUUGCUUGUGUACAUAGCGUGGUACUUGCUAAAUUAUUGUAUUGCAAACACUGGAUCCUGUCUUGCUUUUGCCUGUAUUAUACAGAGGACCAUUUUACUUUUGUUAGACUAGAAGCCAACCAUUUUGCUUGUGUACAUAGCGUGGUACUUGCUAAAUUAUUGUAUUGCAAACACUGGAUCCUGUCUUGCUUUUGCCUGUAUUAUACAGAGGACCAUUUUACUUUUGUUAGACUAGAAGCCAAGCAUUUUGCUUGUGUACAUAGCGUGGUACUUGCUAAAUUAUUGUAUUGCAAACACUGGAUCCUGUCUUGCUUUUGCCUGUAUUAUACAGAGGACCAUUUUACUUUUGUUAGACUAGAAGCCAAGCAUUUUGCUUGUGUACAUAGCGUGGUACUUGCUAAAUUAUUGUAUUGCAAACACUGGAUCCUGUCUUGCUUUUGCCUGUAUUAUACAGAGGACCAUUUUACUUUUGUUAGACUAGAAGCCAAGCAUUUUGCUUGUGUACAUAGCGUGGUACUUGCUAAAUUAUUGUAUUGCAAACACUGGAUCCUGUCUUGCUUUUGCCUGUAUUAUACAGAGGACCAUUUUACUUUUGUUAGACUAGAAGCCAACCAUUUUGCUUGUGUACAUAGUGUGGUACUUGCUAAAUUAUUGUAUUGCAAACACUGGAUCCUGUCUU